AUGGUCAAACAGUUAAAUGAUAAACAAUGUUACGAAGCUUUUUUUAAAAUUCGCGAUUCAUUCAAUACCUCUUAUGAAGCCCAUUAUACGAAUAUAUUAAAUACUAAUGACCCAUUUUUAAGGAAUAUUGCUUUUUAUCUUAUUGAAAUAUAUUCAGACGCAAAGACGUUUUGUUAUUAUAUGUGUGACGAUGAUAAAGAAGAUUGUAAAGAAAAAUGCAAAAAAUAUUGUAAAUAUUUAAAUGAUUGGUUAAACGAAAAAAAAUCUUUAUACACUUCUCACGGUAUGUGUGAAUAUAAUAAAAAAAUAUGGAAUGAAUACAUUGAAAAAUUAUGGGAAACAUUAACCAGUCAGCAUGAAAAAAUAUGGUGUGAAAGAAAAAACACUUCGUAUACUGAUACGUUUCCUAACAAGUUAAUACCUAAAAGCUGCAAUAAUAAUAGUCCCAUUGAAUUCUCUAUAAAUUGUCAAAAUAUUGAAGAUAGUAGUGAUUUGGUAUAUUCCCCUUCUUGUAGUACAUUAUCUAGAUUUUCUAUAUUUGCUGCUUCCAUAGGAUACGUAUUUUUUGGAAUUAUUACAUUAUAUAUCUCCAUAUAUAAAUUUAGUCCUAUGAAUUCGUGGAUGAGGUAUUUUAUUCGUGACAACAAAAUGAAGUUACAAAAUAUAUAUAAAAGAAUAACACAAAGAAUACCUAAACAUUCAGACAAAGCUAAUGAAGAAUAUUUAAACAGUAACUUUCAUGUACUGUAUGAUUCUUUUCUAAACUAA